AUGGAAAGCGAGCUGGAGUUGGUGUGUCUGGAAAACGGUAGGGGCGUGCGUCUGGAGUGCAUUCGAGUAGGAGCGUCCAUCACCUCUCUGCAGCUCCCGAACAACACUGACGUCGUCUUGGGCUUCAGAGACUAUAAAGACUAUCGCACCAACUCUCCAUACAUCGGCUGUAUAGUUGUUUGGAAGCUAAAGUCUCAGACUAGUAAUGAAGCUGUGUUUGAGCACGCUAGCCCGGCAGGAACAGAAGGUUAUCCCGGUACCCUCAGCUGCACCGUGACGUACCGCGUCACGGAGGAGAGUGAGGUCCAUCUAAACUACGCGGCCACCGCCGAUGCCCCCACCAUCGUCUCACUCACUAGCCACACUUACUUCAACCUGGCCGGAAAGGCGAGGCAAUUGGCGAUAUUCUGGAUCACGUCCUUUGUAUUCCUUCUGACAGGACAACUUAUCUGGAUGGACCCGGCCUCGGGGAAUGGAGUGGAGGUGUACUCCGACCAGCCAGGGAUGCAGCUGUACACGGGCAACUUCCUGGACGGCUCUCACACUGGGAGAGCCGGGGAACCCAUGGCCAGGCACUGUGGGGUCUGCCUGGAGACCCAGGCGUGGCCCAACGCCAUCAAUAUAGAGGGAGCACGAGAUCAGGUGAUUCUUAGGCCAGGUGAGCGGUACACAGCAAAGACUGUCUGGAAACUAAGCUGGAAGGACUAACAACAGUACUAUAAUAUUGACUUACUGGUGGUCAAAUGAACAUAUUUUUGAUACACACAAAAUUUACUUGGUGGUAGAGAAAAAAUAAGGCAGAGUUAAAUCUAAAUAAUAAUAAAAAUCUACGUCAACACUAAUGAAGAUUGCCAAGUUGGCAGACUAAAGAUUGAGGCGACAGUCAUUAUUUAGCUUGCGGGGUGGAGAGAUGGUGCAGGAGAAAGCUCUGAUGGGGUUAAAAACAAAUUCCUCAGCUGGAUUCUGAGGGGUCACUUCAGGUCGGCUGGAAUUGAAAAACUUCGCGGCAGUGGAGUGCCAGUUGGACUGGAGUCAUUUUCUUCCACACCCACAUAGAGGUGUCUGGUGGUAGUUUCUGUGGGCGGUUGUCGAAGCUGGUUCAGUGAGAGCAAAGCUUCUUGUCUAAGCACAGCAUCAUCUAGCUCUGAGAUUGGGGGGUCUUCCCCGGGCGAUGGAGAACCGUCUUCUUCCACAACGAGAAGAGCUUCGUCGUCUUUCACAAUCACCCCGAGUAUCUUCUGACCCCUGUCGUCUUCCGGCGGUAACGGGCCACCAUCUCCCCCACUGCUAUUAGUUGUAGAAACCUCGCUAGUUCCAUGUUCAGUCUCCGUGUGUUCAUUGCCCUCCACAGUAGCAGAGUCCUCAGUGGAGUGUUCCGUGUUCUCGCCAGCCGUGGCCAGCUCUGGAGGAGGGGAAAUGAGAUGCUGGAGCUCCAGAUCACUCUCUGCCAUAAGUCGUAUGCGAGACGCCAUCUGACUCGCCUGCAACUGCCCGCCACUGGGCCCCUUCGAAUCUUCCCCAGUCAAUUUACGUCUCUUGACAUUCUUCUUUUGGAAGUUUGGGUUAUCCCUCAUGUUCUCCGAGGGCUCGGUUUGUAUCCUCUGCCCCCUGCGAACCAGCCGGAAGGGCAGUCGUUCUUCCUCGCUCCGAGAGAGCUGUCUGCGGAGGUAGUCGGCGAUGGCACGCAGGAGCCUCAUCGCCAUGAUCCCGGUAAAUCCUUUCGACUCAAGGGUCUGUCUGUCGGUGGAGAGGAGGUCGUGGAAAGUGUGGUAGCCGGCAAGGCGCAGUCGGUACUCUAGUCCAGGGAGGUUGCUGGCCCGGAGAAACACCUUCAUGCUGCGGUCCAGAGACAAGAGGUACUUGUGUCGAGCGGUGGCCUGGGAUCUAAGUCGGCUCGGUGGGAUGAGGGAACCCGGUGCAUCUGGUUCUUCACUCUGCGGAUUUCUGGGUACCAUUUG